CCAUUGAAGUAUCUGUCACCUUGACGAAUACAUAUGAAAAUAUUCAACAAAUAAAGAUAAAAUUCCAGUUGAAAUUACAAAAUGAGGAAAUGCGCCAAAUGUAGCGAGAAUAUUGAAGCAAAAGAAGCAGAAUUAUGGCAGGAAAUGAUAGACAGCUUGAUGAAUUUCACACAAACAUCAACCGCUCUCAUGAAAGGAAUGCAGAAUAAACUGGGAGUACCACCGGAUUUAGAUCCGGAUAAAAAAAUGUGCGAUCCUUGUGGAAUCUUGAAACAAAUAAAGGAGGAGCUCGAUGAUUUGGAAAUCGAAGAAGAAGUUCCGAAUAGGUGCAAUUGUACCGAAUCGCAGACGUUAGAUGAUUACGACCUUGACGCGGAAAUAACCCCUGGAAUAGAGUGUCAUAAGCCCCCAAAAGUUAUAAAAAAGAAAAAAUUCAAAUAUUCUUCAGAGAUAGAAUCCAAAUUAUUGGCUCGAAAGAAACCGGUGCCACGAUGUCAGUGUAAUAAGCAGAGCUAUAAACUAUCCGUUGAUGCAUGUCUCUGUAAAAUUUUACCAGAAGGUAUCGAUCUCCGUGAUCGUUGCGACGAGAACUUCUGUCCCAUCAAAGUUUGUUCAGAUAUAUCAGGAGAAGAAAUAGAAAAUAUUACCUGCCUCGGAGAGAUUCCGGAAGAAAUGGUUGGGGAUAAAAAAAAGGAAGAGAACCCACUGGCUUGGAUACCAAUACCCGGAACAUUUGAUCCUGAUAAGUUGCCCCAGGAUGACAACCACCCAUACGUCAUCAAGACACAGGAUGAUUUCCAGAUGGAAAAAAAUUCCUUGGGUUACGAAUUACUCAGAGCCAUGAGGAAAUAUGGAGAUAAUAUUGCCCAGAUAAACGAUUCCACAGGGGAACUGGAACCCUAUUCGGAAUACGCCAAGAAGUGCGUUCAAGUGGCAAUGAAACUCAGGAGGGAAUUUUCCAAAAACGAUAUAAUCGCAAUUUGCACCCACAAACAUCGGAACGCUUAUAUUCCAUACAUAGCCGGACUUUUGAACGGAAAUCGCGUGGUGGCCUUCGACAGGACAGCCGAGAAGAAGCAAAUGGUGAAUUGCUUAGAGAAUGUCACGCCGGCCAUCAUGUUCAUCAGCGACAAUUGCUUGACGUUCCUUCAGGAAUGUAUGCAGGCCGCCAAAGUCGACUUCAAGAUCGUACUGUUCAGCGACAGCGACGACGUCGGCCUUACCAGUUUCGAAUCUUAUCUCGUAGAUGACGGAACUUACAUGAAUGAUUUCGAAGCGGAAAAUACCGAUAAUGUGGAUUCAACUUGUCUGAUUUGUUUCAGUGGGGGAAUUCCCGAAUAUAAGGCAGUAUGUCUAUCACAUUAUGGAAUCUUAAGGCAGAGUUACCGAAUGAUUUCGACUCAGCACACACAACCUGUUACAUUGAGUUUUUUGGAGAAUUUUCAAAUUUUAUCACUGUUAGUUUUAUUUUCUUCUAUUCUGGACGGAGCAACUAGAGUCAUCGUUGGACAAUUUGAGGAAGAGGAUUUGUGGAAAUUGGUUCAAAAAUAUGAGAUUAAUUCUGUCCAUCUUUUUCCGCACCACCUGGCGGAAUUAUCGAAUCGACCAGAACCUGAGGAGGAUACAUCUUCCUUGAUUUAUAUAUUCACGUCAGGAGAGAAAGUCAGGCCUUUGGAACUGGAAAUUCUGAAAAAAUUUCUAUUGAAGACGUUAAUAUGUCAAACGUACGAACACACAGAACUUUCUGGUUUCAUCACCAUUUUCGAUUUCUCGAAGCCGGAAGAUAGUAUAUUCAAUUAUUUCGUGAAUCAGAGUUGCGGAAAACCUAUCGAUGGAAUUUGGUAUAAGGUUCUCGGUGUGAAAUCUAGGAAAAUGGUCCAUCAUCUAACGCCUGGGGAACUCUUCAUCAAAUCGAAACUUGUGCGAAAUGCUUAUUUGAUCAAGAACAAAGAAGAAUUUCCAAGCGAAGACGGCUGGAUAAGCACUGGCGAUGUGGUGACGUAUGAUACCUACAAAUGUUUUCAAUUCGUCGAUAGAAUCCGAGAUCUGAUCAAAUACAAGAAAACGAUAAUAAUGCCUUCGAAAUUAGAGGAUAUUUUGUUGAGUCAUCCGAUGGUCACGGCGGCUCUUGUUUUUCCGGUUGCUAACGAACAGGAUGGUCAACAUGCAGCCGCUGUGGUAACUGUCAAAGAAAAUGAGGAUAUUUAUACGAAGGACUUGGAGGAAUGGAUAAAUGCUAAAGUACCUGAAGAGGAGCGGCUCAAAGGAGGAGUGAAAAUAGUUGGUUCUUUUCCAUACCUUGGAAAUGGUAGAAUAAAUAGGACAGCUUUAUAUGAAAUGAAUCUCGAAACAUAUAAUAAUUACAUAAAUUAAAAUUG